CAUUCUAUUUUGCUCUGUACCUAACUUGAGACUCAGCUGAUAAUGAAGAAUACAGUCAUCAAGAGCUCUCCUUCUCUGACUUCAGAAACCUCGAUGCUGUCUUCAGUAUUCAUAAUAGUCUUCACAGUAUUAUCUUUUUUAAGCUCAUCAUGCUGCAAUGCUUCAUCUCCUUCUUCUUGCGGUAACAUAAGAAACAUAAGCUGUCCUUUUACACUUAAAGGUGACAAGCAGAAGUGCGAUUCUUCAUUCUUCAUCCAAGAACUGUCUUGCGUUAAUAAUCGUACCAUCAUAUAUUUGUUUCCAGGGAAGUAUAUGUAUUAUGUUGAGACUAUCAAUUAUGAUAAACUUUACAUCAGGGUUGUUGAUCAAGGCCUUACAAAAAAUAACUAUUUUUCUCGUCCACUUCAUGCUAUUACAGAGGAAGAUUUGGUUUCAACCUAUGACACAGAUUUGGAAAGUAUGAAUAAGCCGAUUACAAUGAUAGAAUGUCCUUCUCCUGUAAUAUCUAGGCAAUACAUCAAUAUUACUUCGACGUUUUCUUCCUUCUCUGCUGCAGUAUUGGGAAAGUCUUAUGUUUAUUCUUAUGCUUAUGUAGUGCUUGGAUAUGUACCAAUAUCAAAAAUAGAGGAAAAUUGCAGGAUCAGCAAUGUGGUUUGGGUUUCACGUCAGUCGCCUUUUAGAAUCACCGCCUCCUCUAAAUUUUCUGAAAUUCAUGAUGCCAUGGUUUAUGGAUUUCAUUUCAGAUGGAGUUACUUCUAUUGUGCAAAGUGUGAUGACGGCAAUCACAAUUGCGAUGCCGUUCACCCAGAUCAUCAUUUUUGGUCUUGCUCAUUCUAUGGGUCGUGCCAAUUCUAUGAUCUUUCAGAUAGGUGCAUGCGUGAAAAAUGGCCUGUAAUUGUUGAGUAUAUGAAGAACAAAAACUUUCAAGAGGCCAUUGGUAAAUAUGCAGGAAUAAUUUUUGCUGCAAGAUUUACUCUAGGGAUGCCACUUUUGCUUGCUGUAUUGGCUUAUCAAGCUAGGAGAAGGCACUUAUCAAUGUAUGAUACCAUCAAGAAUUUUCUUCAAGCUCAGAACAACUUGAUGCCUAUAAGGUAUGCGUUCUCAGAUCUUAGAACUAUUACCAAUAAUUUUAGAGAUAAACUGGGUGAAGGAGGCUUCGGUACUGUAUAUAAAGGAAAGCUCCGUAGCGGUUUGUUUGUAGCAGUAAAGAUACUGGGAAAGUCUAAUGCUACUGCGAAAGAAUUUAUUAAUGAAGUAGCUACUAGUGGGAGGAUCCAUCAUGUUAAUGUUGUACAGCUUAUAGGAUUUUGCUUUGAAGGUCCAAAACGUGCUCUGAUUUAUGAGUUCAUGCCCAACGGAUCCUUAGAGAAGUACAUUUUCAGUACAGAAGGAACGGAAGAAGAAAUUGUUCCCUUGAGUUGGGAAAAGAUGUAUGAAAUAUCCUACAAGGUAGCAAGUGGAAUUGACUACUUGCAUCGCGGUUGUGACAUUCAAAUAUUGCAUUUUGAUAUUAAACCUCACAACAUUCUCCUUGAUAAGAAUUUCAAUCCAGUCAUAUCUGAUUUCGGGCUUGCAAAAUCCUACGCCACAGAUGACAGCAUUGUCACUCUCACGGCUGCAAGAGGAACAAUGGGUUACAUGGCUCCCGAAAUGUUUUACAAAAACAUUGGUGGAAUUUCUUACAAAGCAGAUGUUUAUAGUUUUGGAAUGUUGCUGAUGGAUAUGGCUGGCCGGAAGAAAAAUUUGACUCCAUUUGCGGACCAUGUUAGCCAAAUUCACUUCCCCUCUUGGGUAUACGACCAAUUCAGUGAAGGAAAAGAGUUUGAGAUUGAAAAUGCUUCCGAGGAAGAAAGGAAGUUGGUGAAGAAGAUGAUAAUAGUAGCAUUGUGGUGCAUACAAAUGAAACCUAGUGAGCGCCCUUCUAUGAACAAAGUUAUUGAAAUGCUAGAAGGAGAUAUUGAACACUUGGUAAUGCCUCCUAAGCCUUUUUUAUAUCCUCAACAAGAUCCAAAAGAGAUAAACAACUCAACUCACUCUUCCCUUAAUUUAUUACAAACUGAGGAAUGAAUGUGUUCUUCAAGUUUACUUUCCUAUAAUUAUCCGCAUUUAUCUGGCUUGUACUCAAUACUACAAAGACCGCCAAAAGAGACAUAUGCUUCUGCGCAUUCAUUCCUGGAAGUUCUUGCAAUCUAUAGUAUGUGCUAAAUUUAAGACUAUAUCUUCUCUUCUAUAGUGACCUGAUGCUAAAGAGGUAGCUGACCAUGUAGUGCUCAAUGUUCCGCGAGAUAGAUAAUUAGCAAUGCGCAGGAUUGUGUACUUUCUCUCAUCUGGUCUCUGUCACAGUCCAGGUCUCCAGUAUUCUCACAAUGAGAGCUGGAUUGCUCUCCCCUUGCUUAUGCUGCUACUAAUGAACUGUAGAAAAAAUUAUUUCUUUCAUUCACUUUCUUCAAGAUUAUUUGAGGUCUGGUUCUUCUGUGUUCUGUUAUUUAAGAGUUAAGACACUUGGAAUGUAUAAUAC